GAUCGCCAUUGCGCGAGUGAUUUUUUAAACUUUCGAUUUCGAGGUAGAGAAAAGUUGAUCUUGAAGGCUCGCACUGUAACGGCACAUUUAUUUAUAACUCCUUACUAGAACACAACAAAAAUGGAGCCUGGAGCGCUACUGGUUUGUGUAGGACUUCUGUUUUUUAAUUCAAAACGUGUCUCUUCUGCUGUCUGUGAUGUGAAUAUUGACCCCUCUAGAGUCGUGGUGAGAUUUGGAGACCCAUUGACUGUCAACUGCUCCACAACACGUGAAGAUGUAUUGGGGGCUGGCUGGGAGUCUUCUGUUUCCCCUGUGAAUGAACCAGAUAGUAAAAUAGCAGUUUGGAAUGUCAGCAGCCUCACUGUUUGGGAUGCAGAGCCAAAAUGCUUUAUAAACUACAACAAUGAACCCCGUCAGUGUGUAAAAAAACUGGAUUUGGUUAUUUACAAGUAUCCAGAAAGCGUCUCCCUCAUUGCUCCUGACUUUAUGAAGAUUGGUGUAGAAUCCACUAUAAUGUGCCAGGUCCUAGAUGUGGCUCCUGCCAGAUAUGUCAGUGUGAAGCUGUAUAAGGGAGAUGAACAGCUUGGGAGUAGAAGCUUUACUCAUGACUCAACACGGUUUCCUGUGAAUGAAAGCAUCCCCUUCCCAGUAACACCAACCAGAACAGGCAAUGGAGCGGAGUACACUUGUGUGGCAGAGCUUCAAUUGGGACCCGAAGGACCGAAACCAAAUCCAGAAAAACGCUCUCCUCCCUUGAAAAUCCCAGUAGUUUACAAGCCCAGUCUAUUGAGCGCUGCUGAAGAAAAUGUUGAAGUUCAUGAAGGGGGCAGUAUAGUUUUAAAAUGCUCUGCUGAUGGGAACCCAGCCCCCACGUAUGAGUGGAAAUACCCCAAAGCUGAUAAUGUACAGGAGAUAACGAAGGAUGGAGUGUCUACUGUAAAUAUCACAAGAGCCUCGUCUAGCAAUGCCAGGGUUUAUGAAUGCCAUGCUAAAAACACAUAUGGGGUCGCAAUGAAGAACAUCACUCUUAAUGUUUCCAGCGAUUCAGCGCAGUGGGGAAGAAGCCAUUGGACUGGGAUUAUUGGAGUUGUGAUUGUGGCUACUUCAGUGAUAGUAUUUAUCUGAAGAAUGUAGAGGCGUGUUUUGUGAAGCAGAUCGAAGAAAUAUAUCUUAAAUGCUAGUUAGCAGCCUGCCUUAUGCUACACAUUCUUUUAUUUUUAUUUUUUAUUUUGUGUUCAGAGCCAGAGUCAUAUAUGGAGCUUGUUAACAUAAUCCUAAAAGGACACAAGAAUAUCUACUGUACCAUUUGAAGUAGAUUAUUCUUUUAAUGCUGUGUGUCGAAUCGUGUCAUGCCAUGAAAUCCUACCCUAUGUACAGGAGCAACCCCUUGGAUUAUGAUUAUUCUUAUUACUGGAGUUGUUAUUGCUAUUGCUAUAAUAGCAGGAGGAAUCAGAUUCUGCGGAAGACGAAAAUCCGAAAGUGUUUUGUGAAGCAGAUCGAAAGAAUACUGCUUAAAUGUUCAUGAUAGUCAGCAGCCUCUUAUGCUACAAAUUCUUUGUGAAUCUUGACUCUAUGUUUUUUUUUGUGCUCAGAGCCAAAUAUGGAGCUUGUUUUCAUAAUCCUAAAAGGACACAAGAAUAUCUACUGUACCAUUUGAAACAGAUUGUUCUUUUAACGCUGUUUAACAGUGUGUUGAGCCAUGCUAUGCCAUGAAAUCCUACCCACAGAAGAACACUUAAAGUACAGCAAGAAGAGUCAUUCAUUCAUUGUAAUUACAGACUCUUAACAUGCAAUAUGAUAAUAAUGGAUUAAUGCAUUAAUGAACUGCAUGUUGUUUUUUUGGCAAAUGUUCACCAAAUUGCAUAUUCUGAAAUUGUUAAUGCCUCUGUUUUUUUUUGGUUUUUUUUUACGUGCAAUGCUUAUUUGCUUAAAUACAACGCUAUGCAUCUUUAAAACACAAAAGAUACUGUAUUUACUGGUUCUCUUGCAUGUUAUAAUAGCAUGGUACAAAAUGACAGCAGUUACUAUUAUUUAUUUCUUAGCAGAUGCCCUUAUCCAGGGCAACUUAUAAUUGUUACAAAAUAUCACAUUAUUUUUACAUACAAUCACAUUAUUUUUUUUACACAGUAUUUUUACAUAUAAUUACCUGUUUAUACAGUUGGGUUUUUUACUGGAGCAAUCUAGGUAAAGUACCUUGCUCAAGAGUACAGCAGCAGUGUCCUUCACCUGGGAUUGAACCCACGCCCCAACGGUCAAGAGUCCAGAGCCCUAACCACUACUCCACUCUUCUGCCCCUAACAACACACUGGCUUCUGUAUCAAGUGACAUUUACUGCUAUGACAGUUCAGUAACCGCAGGCUACAUAAAGCUUACUUAUCCCAUAUAAUGCAAAUGUUUCAUUACCAUUGUUUUUUU